AUGUCAUCGUCCUCAUCAUCAAGCGUAGCCAUUUCGUCGACAACGCGACUGCUCAAAAGAAAUACAACUAUUAUCGUAACGGGUGUUGGAUUGGGAAUCGUCUUCAUUGGUUAUUUGAUCAAACGGUAUUGGUCAAAACACGACGACAGCGAACAGGACGAUGCAGAUGAACAGUUGCUUACACGACCUUACGAUGCCGCUCUAGGUUAG